GGACGUGUUUUGGUGUAACACACAACAUUCAGAGGCGCUCGGAGUGUCCCUGGCCAACAUGUGCACGCCAAACCGUAAUUCACCCGCUCGUUUAAACGCUCUGCAUGUUAGUUGAAGAAGGCAGAUUUCGUUGAGAUCCUUCUAGCUGCCUCUGAAUCAUGAGUGGCUCCAAGCCGGACAUCCUGUGGUCCCCCCACCACCCGGACCGCUAUGUGAUCUGUGACUCUGAGCUGGGACUGUAUCGCAUUGGAUCCGUUGGCAGCUCAGAAACCAAGGCUGGCACCCUGCCGCUCUCCGAAAAAACUGCUGCUACUCUACUAGCCAUCAACUCUGACACCCCUUACAUGAAAUGUGUGGCCUGGUACCCAAAGCACGAGCCAGAGUGUUUGCUCGCGGUGGGCCAAGCUAACGGCAGAGUGGUGCUCACCAGCCUGGGUCAGAGCCACAACUCCACCUAUAAAGAGCUGGUGGGGAAAGAGUUUGUGCCUAAGCACGCCAGGCAGUGCAACACUUUAGCCUGGAACCCGGUGGACAGCAACUUGCUGGCCGCCGGGUUGGACAAGCACAGAGCAGACUUCUCUGUCCUCAUAUGGGACAUCAGCAGUAAGUUUUCCCCAGAGGCCAGUGUCGCGUCUGAGAAGAUCCGCCUGUCAUCUGUGGAUUUGGACUCGAGCUCGGUGGUGACCAAGCCGUUGUACGAGUUGGGCCAGAACGAUGCUUGCCUGUCCCUCUGCUGGCUGCUCCGCGACCCAAAGCUGCUGUUGGCGGGCAUGCACCGCAACCUUGCAAUAUUUGACCUGAGGAACACGAGCCAGAAAACGUUUGUCAACACUAAGGCCAUCCAGGGGGUGACGGUCGACCCACACGUCCAUGACCGUGUGGCCUCUUUCUAUGAGGGUCAGGUGGCCAUCUGGGACCUGAGGAAGUUUGAGAAGCCCGUGCUCACGCUCACCGAGCAGCCUAAGCCGCUCACUAAGGUCGCUUGGUGUCCAACUCGUAACGGCCUGCUGGCCACGCUGACACGCGACAGCAACAUCAUCCGCCUGUACGACAUGCAGCACACCCCCACGCCCAUCGGCGACGAGACGGAGCCCACCAUCAUUGAGCGGAGCGUGCAGCCCUGUGAGAGCCAGAUCGGCAGCUUCGCUUGGCACCCGUCCUCUCAGAACCGCAUGGUGGUGGUGUCGGCGGCCAACCGGGUCAUGACCGACUUCACCGUGUUCGAACGCAUCUCGCUCGCCUGGAGCUCCACCACCUCGCUCAUGUGGGCGUGCGGCAGACACCUGUACGACUGCGCGGAGGACGGAGGUGAAGGAGUGCAGAGCGCCAUUGAGAAAGACAUCGCCACCAAGAUGAGGCAGAGGGCUCAGUCCAGGUACGGCCACGAUACCGCCCAGGUGUGGAGGAACCACCUGCUGGCGGGAGGGAACGAUUCCCAGCUCAAGUGUCUGUGGUAUGAUCUGUUUUAUAUGAAGCUGUGUGCAGAGGACACGGAGCUGAAGCUGCAGGGGAACAAACAGUCGGUGGUCUACUCCGGUAUCAAGAACAUUGUGAAGACCAGCUCGGGCACAACAGAGAGCCGCAGGUGCUGGAGCGGUUCGGACCGGCAGACUGAUGUUCCGCGGUACCACAGCGAGGAGCGCUGCCUCGCCCUGCGGCUCUGCGGCUGGAUCAACCGAGGUCCCGACAUCGACGUGGAGAUAUUCCUGCGGUCGCUGGAGAACGAGCGUGAGUGGGAGCGGGCGGCCGCCGUGGCUCUGUUCAACCUGGACAUCCGCCGGGCCAUCCAGAUCCUCAACAAGGGAGCCACCGCUGAGAAGGGUGACCUGAACCUGAACGUGGUUGCCAUGGCUCUGUCAGGCUACACCGAAGAGAAGUCCUCCCUGUGGAGGGAGAUGUGCAGCUCUCUGAGGCUGCAGCUGAAGAACCCCUACCUCUGCGUCAUGUUUGCCUUUCUCACCAGCGAGCCGGGAGCCUACGACGGCGUGCUGUUUGAGAACAGUGUUGCUGUGCGGGACCGCGUUGCCUUUGCCUGCAUGUUUCUCAGCGACGCACAGCUGCCUCGAUACAUCGACAAACUGACCAACGAGAUGAAGGAGGCGGGCAACCUGGAGGGCAUCCUGCUGACGGGUUUGACUAAAGAUGGCGUGGACCUCAUGGAGAGCUUCGUGGACCGCACCGGAGAUGUCCAGACCGCCAGUUUCUGCAUGCUGAAGGGCUCCCCAGGGGACGUGUUGAAGGACCCUCGAGUCCAAUGCUGGAUCGAAAACUACCGCAACCUGUUGGAUGCUUGGAGAUUCUGGCACAAACGGGCCGAGUUUGACAUCCACAGAGGCAAGCUGGACCCGAGCUCCAAACCCCUGGCCCAGGUGUUCGUGAGCUGCAACUUCUGCGGCAAGUCCAUCUCCUACAGCUGCUCGGCGAUGCCCCACCAGGGCCGCGGCUUCAGCCAGUAUGGCGUCAGCGGCUCGCCCACCAAGUCGAAAGUCACCAGCUGCCCCGGCUGCAGGAAACCACUGCCACGUUGCGCCCUCUGCCUCAUGAACAUGGGCACGCCCGUUUCUAAUUGUCCAGGAACAGUGAAGUCGGAUGAGAAGGUGGAUUUGACGAGGGAGAACAAACUCGCUCAGUUCAACAACUGGUUCACCUGGUGUCACAACUGUCGACACGGCGGCCACGCCGGCCACAUGCUCAGCUGGUUCAGAGACCACACAGAGUGCCCAGUGUCUGCUUGCACAUGUAAAUGCAUGCAGCUGGACACCACGGGGAACCUGGUGCCUUCAGACGGAAGCUAAACAGGAGACGCUUGUCGGGAAAGUGAAGCCAAACGACCAGCCAGAAGCCGACCGGUGCGGGUUCACUGCUGGACCCGCCACACGACGACAACAAUGACAGGGCCGAUGGACAAAGGGUGUCAGCAGUGUCCUCCUCUGAAGUGGCUGCUUGAAUAGAGCGACAUACUGUUUAAGUUAUAGUCUAGUGAAUGUAAUGUUAUAACAGAGCCCUAUAUGACGAAGGGAGACGGUGUGUGUUACUGACUUUACUAACUGAAUCAAUGACAGAAAAGGGAGCCAAUGCAAACUUGCUGCUCUGCUAAUGUAAAUCCCACUCAGGAGAAAUACAAGCGCUUUAAUCAGACUCAUACAAUCUAACCUGAAUCAGGCUUAUAGUUUUAUUGUGACCUGUUAACAAAGGAAAAAAUCAAAUGUCCACUCACACGUCAGGUUGUAAAGAUGUGAUCACAGGUGCCAAUAUGUGUGCGAGCUGUAUAAUUUCCGGGCUUGUGUUUUAACACGCUAUUUAACGUCCUGUGUUUGUCUUACGAAAGGAUUUUCACAUACCUCAUGAAAGCGUUUUUCGGGGGGGUAGGGGGGGUGGUACCCCGGGUGACGGGAGCGGAGUGUAGCGCGCACAAUACCGACACUCUCUUGCUCUCUUCGUGUUCCUCUGUGCCACUCUUCAUCUUGGCAUUGUGCGCGAUGGGCUUCCAGUGUUAGAGGGGUCAAUGAGGAAUUGGAGAUGGUGGGGGGGUGGUGAGGAGGAGGAGGAGGAAGGGGAAGGGUGGGAGGGUUGCGUCUGUAUUCACCGGCCCACUCCAGGCCUGUGGUCCAUGAAAGAAGCUCGCCAGAAAACAGCAGCUGCUCGGCACUCUGACAAGACCCUCCAGAUUGUUCCCCUCAUAAAGAACCUCAGCUGCCGGAACACUAUUGACUCAAAGAGAGGGCGAGAGAACAGACCUGCACACACACCCACCCACCCCCCCCCCCCCCCCCCCCUCUCUCUACACCCUCCGACAUACACAGACUUGCCCUCUCUUUUUCUUUCUCCCUUUCUGUGGUGCCCAAAUUGCAACCCAAAAAACUAUGCAUACCACACAUCAAUCCAAGGAUGGGCGCCGUCUGUGGGUGGGGGGGAGACAGCCGUGUGUAAGCCGCAUUGUAAAUGGGUUUUUCUCUCGUUCUCUGCCACCCUCCCCGCUCUGUCACUAACCUAGGGAGGCAUUGUAAGUGAGAGGCGGCCUGCACCAGAGCUGGCUAAAUCACUUAGUCAUGGAGUGAGGAGGAGGUGGAGGGUUGGUUGGGGGGGGCACAGGAGCUACUGUAUGCCGCUUUCACCAGGAUCUCUUCCCAGUGUGGGAGGUUUUUUACAGGCCUGCUUGCCCUUUUGUGAACUAUUUUGGAGUGGAGCUGACAAAUUGGCGAGCCGUGUAGCGUCCUGAAAAAUACAGGGUUGCUGGAAUUUCAUCCCUUCAGUGUUUCUUGUGUUUGCCUUUUAAAAUAAAUUCCGAGUG